UUCACCACCCUGCUCCCCAGUGAGAAAAGGGGCCCCGGAUCCGCUGUCCUGGCUGCCGAUCCUCUGGCUCCAUCCUGCUCUUUCCUUCUGUUCACAGCAUCUGCAGUGCUGGGACCGCACGUGGCCACGGACCCGGAGGCCUCCAUGUCUUCUUUCUCGGCACAGCCCUUUCCCCCAGCUGCUGCUGGCCCCUCGCGCUGGUCACCCUGGGGGCGGCACUCGCCGCCCCACGUGACCCCGCCAUUCCCUCCUGGCAGCCCCGCGGUGCUGCCCACUUUCCCCAGGACACCGUUGGUGGCAGGAGAUGGCGGCCAUGGCUCAGUGGGGACCGUGGCUUGCAAUGUCAUCGUGCAGGUCAGGUCAGAGCGGGGGCCCGCAGAGUCCCCCCAGACUCCGACCAUCGUCCUGACCCAGGCCCCCGCUCACUGGAGUGCUCCAGGGUCCCUCUGUGGGGGUGCUGGGUGUCCCGCACCCCUGUUCCUGGCGACCUCAGCAGUGGAGACCAGUAUGUCCACCCCGGCCGUCGGGGGCACCUGGGCCGGCAAGGGAGGCUCCACCCCAGGCGUUCGACCUCAGGCUCCACCGCGUGCGGUCCUGCUGAGCCCCAUCGUGCCCCUGGUGACCGUCGGGCAACAGCCCCACGCAGCUCCCUGGCGGGGCAGCCCGGCCGGCGGCCCCACCAAGGCCGCGCCCGAGGACUGCUGCAGCCCCAGGAGUGUGUACGAGAACUUCCGGCGCUGGCAGCGCUUCAAGGACCUGGCCCGCAGUUACCUCCCGCAGAGCCCAGACACGGAGGCCCUCUCCUGCUUCCUCAUCCCAGUGCUUCGGUCCCUGGCCCGCCUGAAGCCCACCAUGACGCUGGAGGAGGGAGUGUGGAGGGCCGUGCUCGAGUGGCAGCACAGAAGCAACUUUGACCGGGUCAUCUACUAUGAGAUGGCAGGAAAGUUCAUGGAGUUUGAGGCUGAGGAGGAGAUGCAGAUUCAGAAGUUGCAGUGGGUGAGGGAGACCCAAGGCCCGCCUCCUCCGGCCCCACCCAAGCCUGAACCACGGGGGCUCCCAGCCCCGGAGGGGGGCCCGCAGCCAGCGUGCAUUCCCAGGAAGGCUGGCUCCAGGCCCCAGCCAGCCUGCCUGCGGCCACACAGGCCCCCGCGGGCCCAGAGCCAGGCACCCAAGGAGAUCCCCCCUGAGGCUGUGAGAGAGUACGUGGACAUCAUGGAGGGGCUGCUGGGGCCCGCCCACUCGGCCCCAGGGCCGCCCGCGCCCGCGGGUGAAUGGGGAGAGGAUGGAAAGGAGCCCCAGCAGGACGGAGCGACCUACCCGGACCCGGGUCUCCUCAGCUACAUUGACCAGCUGUGUUCCCAGGAAGGCUUCAUCACCAAGGUGGAGGCAGUCAUCCACCCGCGAUUCCUGGCAGAACUGCUUUCCUCGGACCCACAGCUGGAUCUUUCGGGCCUCGCUGAGAAAUUGGAGCUGGAGGAAGGACUCACCCUUGCAGAGCUGGUGGAGAAAAGACUGGUGGCCUUGAUGGUGGAGGAGGGUGUGCGCUCACCCCCGCGUCACCGCGCAGCCCGGCUGGACUCCGGUCCUGAGUGGAAGCCCGGGGCCCGGCCAGGAGGCAGCAGUGAAGCCUGGCCACCCGAGCCCGAGUGCCGGGACCCCCAGAGGCGCAGCCAGGCCCACGCGCACCCGUCCAGACCCAGAGCCUUUGCCGCAUCUCCAGGACGACAGCGGCUGCCUGGCCUCCGGGCUGGCCGGACCCCCUCUCCUCCCCAGGGGCCAGGGUGCCCCUCCCCUCGACCUGACCUCAGGGACGCCCCCGUGUUCAGAGAGGCCCCUCCUGCUAGGGAGCCCGGCGGGCCAGCGGCUGGGUCCAGCGAGGACGAGGAGGAGCUCCCCAGCCUGGCCUUCCUCCUGGCCUCUCAGCACGGCCUGCUGCCCUGGGGGCUGUCCCAGAGUCCCGCUCCCGCCUCGGGCCUGCCCAGCCCUGGGGCGCAUGGGCCACAGCGGGCUCCCCAGGCCCCCCCUCCUCAGAGAACAGGCCGCAGCCCAGCCGGCCUCCCAGCUCUCAAGUCGAGGAAGCGGGCUCUGUGUGGGGGCCUGGCCACGGCCACCAAGAAGAUGCCCCUCCCAGGGGCCAGUCUCCGGGGCUCCGGGAGGCCGGCCUUGGCCGUGGGGCCGGUUGGGCCCUCUCAGCCUCCAAAGAGAAGGCGUGACCCCUUUGUCCCAGGGAGGAGGAAAAAGAGGCACUGCAGCCAGUAGGGAGCGCUGGGCCGCCCUCAGGGCCAGGGGGUGGGGGGCCAGCGCCCCAGGGGUCCCCUCCUGCUCCCCGUGUUGAUCCGGGCCUGGAGGAGGGGGGUGGGCACGGGCAUGGAGGCAGCAGCCCCCGGGACGGGACGCU